AUUAUCCGUAGAAAAAUCCUGUCCCUUUAUUCAUCAUCAACAAGACUCAAAAGUCAAAAGUCGAAAUCAAUUACAAUUUCUCUUCGACUCACCUGCUACUACUUAGUAUCAGAACUUGAACCUAUAAACACAGUGUGUAUCUUCAUACUUAAGGAAAAGAAAAGCACCCUACCUCGAUCAAUAUCCUCUAGAAAUGGAGCUAAGUUUUAGUAUGAUCAACACAGUGCUAUUUGUUGUUGGAGUGAUAGUGAUGAUAUGCGGAUGGAGAUUUUUCAACUGGGUCUGGUUGAAGCCGAAGAAGAUGGACAAGUUCCUGAGAGAACAAGGUCUGAAUGGAAAUCCCUACAAAUUUCUAUAUGGAGACAUGAAAGAGAUGGUGCAGAUGACUGCGGAUGCCAAAUUGAAACCCAUAAAUCUCACCGAUGAUAUCGUUCCACGUAUCAUGCCAUUUCUUUAUAACUCCGCGAAAAUUUAUGGUAAAGGAAAGAAUUUCUAUACAUGGAUGGGCCCACGACCUUUUGUGCAUGUAACAGAACCUGCACUAAUACUACAGAUUUUGGCAAAUUAUUCUCAAUUUCAAAAGAUAAAUGGAGGAAAUCCGUUGGCAAAGUUGCUAGCAAGAGGGCUAGUAGAUGUUGAAGCUGAUCAAUGGGCAAAACAUAGAAAGAUUAUCAAUCCUGCAUUCCAUGUCGAAAAGCUUAAGCAUAUGGUACCCGCUUUUUACAUUAGUUGUACUGAGAUGAUCAACAAAUGGGAAGAAUUAACGAAAGAAAAAUCGUCUAUCAGGAAGGAAGAAAAGAUAUUUGAACUUCAAAAAGAACAAGCAGCGCUAGUUAUCAAGGCUUUCCAAUCAAUAUAUAUUCCAGGUUCUAGAUUUUUGCCUACAAAGAGUAAUAGAAGGAUGAAGGAGAUUGACCGAGAUGUGAAGACUACAAUAAACAAAAUUAUUAAUAAACGGGUGACAAGAAUGAAAGCCGGGGAAAGUAGCAGCGACGAUUUAUUGGGCAUAUUAUUGGAUUCCAAUUACAACGAAAUCAAACAAAAAGGGAACACCAAUUUUGGACUUAGUACUGAAGAAGUCAUUGAAGAAUGCAAACUUUUCUAUUUUGCAGGCCAAGAAACUACUGCAAAUUUGCUCAUUUGGACAAUGAUUUUGUUAGGCCAACACACAAAUUGGCAAGACCGUGCUAGAGAUGAAGCUUUAAAGGUGUUUGGAAAAAGAAAACCUGAUAUUGACGGAUUAAAUCAUCUAAAAGUUAUUAAUAUGAUCUUGCUCGAGGUACUUAGAUUAUACCCGGUUGGUAUAGGAUUGGGAAGGAUGAUUCAUGAAAAAACUACAUUAGGAAACAUAAUAUUACCAGCGGGUUCACUCCUCCAGUUGCACAUGAUGCUUUUACAUUAUGACAAUGAAAUGUGGGGUGAUGACGUGAAAGAGUUCAAGCCUGAUAGAUUUGCAGAAGGCGUAUCAAAGGCAACAAAGGAACAAGCGUCAUACUUCCCUUUCGGAGGGGGUCCACGUAUAUGUAUUGGGCAAAAUUUUGCUAUGUUGGAAGCAAAAAUGGCACUCGUUAUGAUUCUAAGAAGUUUCUCCUUUGAGCUUUCCCCUUCGUACAUACAUGCUCCGCAUACUAUCAUCACUCUGCAACCUCAGUAUGGUGCUCAAUUGAUUUUGCACAAACUUUAGUGGUUAUUGUAGCAAAUACAAGAUACAUAUAUUAUUGGUUUAUUUUUGUACUAUAUUAUAUGUAUAAAAGAUGCAUUAUUCAUCGGAGCAUCUAGACGGGGCAGACUGGGUUUUAAAAUAAGGUUUAAAAAUAAAAGGAGUAUAUCGUAAUAAAAUAUUAAAAUGUAGUAAUUGUUUGUAACACUGUAUCA